AUGUUGAGUGAGUGUUCUCUACUUGAACAAUCUCGUCCGGUCCUCGUGGCUACGACCGUCAUGGAGCCUGCCCCGGAGCCGAGAAACGUGGGUCCUGCCUCUGCCGAUGAAGCAGCUCCUGUCGCAAAGCCGGUAUCUUUGCCUUCCGCGGCAAACGCUCUUCCCGCAACUAGUAGCGGACGUGCAGGAGCUUCCUUCCAGCGUAUUUCAUCUUGGCCUGCUGACAAGUGCAAAAUAGAAGACACUCCCCUAGAACAAGACGACGCUUUGAUAUCCCACGCGAAGAACUGGGCGAAAAUCUGGUUCGCGAAAACGGCUCCGGACGUUUGGUUUGGGGCGAAGCAGAAGCGGAACCGGAAAUUUUACAGGGAGCUGAAUACCAGUUUUCCUAUACAAGUUUUCGCCGACUACGUGUAUAAUGAUCAACAUGCGGACGUCGUGGUUAUGUCGAAUGGUUGUAAAAGCAGCGGGUCGUGGUGUAGUACGAGCAACAGCAGGGGCCGCAGCUCUCCAUCCAGUACCUCUGGUCGUGCUGAAGAUGUUCUUGUACUAUCAGGCGCACGACUUCCUGCGGCACAACCUUCCUCGCCACCAAUGUGUGCGAAGAAGGACCCCGCCCUCCGAAUAAAACGCUGCGAAGAAGGAGUUUAUUCCGAGGAGAAGUUGAAGUCCUUGCAUCCUUGCUCCACUUCCAGCACACGACGUGGAGGCCGCGAGGAACGUUUGUACGACCUCUUGACGUUAUCUGUUUUCCUGGACCAGCACGUCCGGAAUUUGAAAAACGUAAACGCUCCGCCGCCAAAAGAGCACGUCGACCACAAGAACAACGGCGGUCAAAAAUUACAGGCGCCAGCUGCAUCCACUUCGUCGCAGGAACAAGACACUUCUACAACCUGUAGCGAGGAAAUGAAUAAGACCCCUUUAUUUGUUCUCAGCCACAUGCAGAGCUUCGCCACGGAAGUGGCAAAUGCUCUCCACGAGGAACUCGAACUGAAACCAGACCUCUGGAAUGACGAGGAUCGCGGAAAUGUUGGUACAAAUGCCCUGCCUGGUAUCUGCAACGCGAGCGGGACCGACUGCUGGAACAAGAUUCACGACAAUAUUAAACAUGAUCGGGAGCAGCAUGUAGUGCGGUGGUUCCUUCUCUACAUCUUUCUUACCGUCAGCUGGCGACACGGUGGUGAUGUAAAACAAAUGGAGACUGGGAGAAGGCUGCUGGAAGUGAUUUUUACCAGACUGGAGGAUAUGUUGGAGAGAACCACGGAUCAUGUUGAGCUUGCGUAUUAUUCGGGAGGAGCUCCUGCACCAGUACAAGAACCCGAGGGCGGCCUCGUAUCAGACAGAGAGCUGCAAAUCAAAGAACAGAGCAACGCUGAUUUUUAUCUCGAGCCCGUGAAAUUGUUCGCGAUCCGUGUGUGGGAGGAGAACGAGAGGGUGCUGCAAAGGAAAAAAGAUCUCGCAUUUAUCGAAAAAGCACUGGCAGUGGAGACGUUUCCAAAUGAGGAGGAAGUACUGGAGGUGGAUCUCUUGCAGGAGGAUUCGGAGGGGGAUAUCAUCAAAAAUCCCUAUUUCACGACAAAUCUCUCCGACGAACAGAGGGAGAAAUUCAAGAGAAUUCUGGCGCCGGAGUGCGCUUCUUGGCUUUCUUCGACUGCUCUGCCGGACGAGGGUCUCGUUGAAGAUCUUCGUGCCGAGAAUAAGAAGCCCCACGCACAUCGCACCGUCCCCGAGGAACUACGGGAAAUUAAAAGACGGUGGAAAGAGCAAGCUUCUUCUGGUGAUGAGGAGCGGGAAGACGACAACAUGAAGAUCAAAAGACCACGACAUCACACUGAGGCCCUCUUGCGAGAGCUGAUGACGCUGCCGGAGGAAUCUUGUUUGGGGAACGAGAGCUGCGCCACGACCGAUAUCGUUAGAGACAUCACGACCACCUCCUGCGGGCUAUUAACGACACCCGCAAGCAACCAAGUUCCCGUCCUCCUCUCCUUCAGCGCCGGCGUCGACAGUACGGCUUGUGGGUGUCUGUUGCGCGAGUUGUUAGACAGGAAAUUAUCCAAGGGAAACCAACACGACGACCUCGACCUCUACGCCAGUUCAUCUGAAAGUGGGAUCAUGACCGCGAAAAAGAACCCGCUUUCUACUACUUGUCCCUUCACAGAUUUCGCCUGCCUCUAUCUGCACUACCCGGCGAACAGAGAGGAGGACAAUGAAGUAGAUUCUACUGCAGAUUUGGAGUUGGAAUGGGUGAAGUUCGUGUGUAGGCACGUUUUUAAGGUCAAGCUCUACUGGUUCUCCAUCGAAUUGAAGCGCCCGCAUGCGGAGGAGAAGAUGGAACAGAGUGACCUGCGCCCAGCACCAAAAUGUAGUAGCGCACCAUCACCAGAUGUUGAACUUCUAAAGGGCAAGAAGCGUGAGCGUCGGAGUUCUUGUGAGUCAAAGAAACCUGUGGUCUUCGGUCUAUGCAAGACAAAAACUGUGUAAGUGUAACUUUCUUUGGCUGACAGCAUCACAAAUUUGCUCUACAUGACAGAGAAAACCUGUCAUGCGUGGCUUGUAAGGGAAAAUACCCAUGAAAAAAGGACUUCAUGGCUGUGUGGCAUGACAGGUGUAACUCUGUUUACAUGUUUUGCAUUACAGAGUUACACUUACACAGUUUUUUUCUUGCAUACGGUCUCAGCAGAGAGGAAUACGAGCGGUACACGCGGGGAAUCCGGUUUCACAUGUACAGACAGGCGUGGAAGAAACUCUGUGGAGAUGCAGCUCACAGCAUGACAAAUCAUGCAAGUCAAGUAGACUCAAGCAUGACAAACACCCACCACGACAAGAUGCAGCCUGUCGUCCUCCUGGGCCACCACCAAGACGACUGUGACGAAAACCGGCUGGAGAAUCUGACCCGGGGCCACUACCUCUUCCCCGAGGGCAGCACUGGCCCAGAUGGCAUGCAGAAGGUGAGGAUUGUUGGAGACGUGUUGCUUUACCGGCCGUUUGUGGAGAGGAGGAAGAGGGAUUUUUUGAAUUAUCUGCAACAAGAAAGUGUUGACCAAGACCACAUGUACCUCGGCCUGCCCCGCCUCCGCCCGAAAUGCCCCUACUUGAAAGACUCCACGCCGGCUUGGAGUGUGCGGGGCGUGAUGCGCAAAACCCUGGACCGCGUGCUCCAGCUGGAAGUUGUAGAGAAGAAAUGUUGUCAAGAACAGAACGAAGCUCGUCGAGGCGCAGGCUGUCAAGGUGAAGAACAGGAUGUUGUUAUGAAAAUUCAAGCACAGACCAACACCAUGAGGCAGCUUCUGAAGGAUUACAGCGUUCUGUCUCAGCAUCUGGCCGCGGGAGUCACGAAAUUGGAAAGGAAAUUCGUUUAUUUUCCAAACGAUCAAGCUGUUCAUCAAGACAUCAGUUGUGUCGACACUUUUCUCAUCUUCCGCCUCGAUUUGAAUGAGCUUGAGUCCGAAGUUGAAAAUCUCGGCUGCAAAACCGACUGGAACCGCAUGCGGGAGGUGGUCGCAAAUAUCGCGGAGCCGUGGAAUGCGUCCUUGGAUAGAGAUUUAAUUGCGGACGACGCCGAACUCGAACAAGCAUGUGGCGGCACGGAGCCCGAUACUGUAAGUUCCAAUGCUAAAAUCAAGGCCAAGGGCAAUGAAGCACGGAGCCGACAUGAUGUUUCGCAAGCUGGAGUGGAACUACCUGCGACGACGAAGAGGACCAGCACCACGGCUGGACCGACUGCGACUACAAGCCGUUGCCUCACCCCGGAUAUGCUGCGGAUUGCUGUUCCUGGUGAACACGACGUUGUUGGAGGAGCGCAAGAGGAGCUGCAAAGUGACCCUUCGUCGUCCUCUUCCGACUUCAUUCUCUAUCAGGUCUUCGAGCGGAUCGUUUUCCGGGCCACAGAAAAACUGCUGUCAGUGGCAUCUGCGGAUAAGAACAAGAUGAACGACCACGACGUGCACGUGGUAAGUGAUCCUUCUACUGCUGACAAGAAACCACGACCCCCGGCGAUGAAAAAGCUCGGACACUUCCAGCAUUUCGAGGACAAGAAACACGACCACAACAACCAGAAGGCCCGGACGACAAAUCCAAUUGUUCCUUCUGGCCUGAACAAGAAAGCCGUCCGUCACUGUUGGGAAAACUUGAAAAAUGCGAAAAAGCAAAUCUCCGGUGGCGGGCUCACGGAGGAGCUCGGGUACGCGUUUUACUGCGAUGAAGCUGAGAACCGGAGGGAGUUGGUGCUGUAUUGCGGUGGGACGAUCGGUGGUCAACAACAUUAUGGAGGCCGAUCCACUUCUUCUGCUAAAGACCAGCGGGCGAAAUGGUUCACACGGAAAAUAAGCAAUACACCAGCACAGCAGCAAGAACUGGCGAAAGCUCAGAGGAAACGCAGUUCAAGUAAGGGACGCGUCCAAGCCUAGGAUGCGGGGGCGCAGCAGCUGUUCAUUCUAGAGGUUUCUACUGAAGACGACCAAGAAUAUUAAUUAUGAUGUUGAGGCUGGUACCUUCUUUUGCGCCGACGGAUGUGGUUGCGCAUUCAACCAAGAUGAAGAUGAAGAUCUUCUUGUUGAGCGACACUUCUUGUUGACAUUUUUUUACUCAUACAACAACGACGACGACAUUAAUGCGAAAGGUAUCGUACUGAGCAGUCAGCUCCAUUAGG